AUGUUUGGGGUGGAAAAGUUUGGUUCUCAGAUUAAUAGCAGAAACCCUGGCCAGUCAGAAAGACAGAAAAGCCAACCGAGACUGAAUAUGGGCUCCCAUUACAAAAGUCCCAGUUUCCACACCGGAGGUCCACCGGGAGCUGUGGAGCCCAGCAUGGGCCCUAUGAGUGACCCGCAGAUGCUCGGACUUAACAUGAACAUGAACGGAGAACAGUAUGGAGGUUUUCACUCCCGGGGUCACUCUGACAUGCACGCAAGUGGCGGACUUCAGCAGCAGCAGCAAGGACCCAUACAUGGAUUUUUUAACAACCAGCAACCUCAUCAAGGACAUCCUCAUGGCCAUCAACCUCACCCCCACCAACAUCAUCCUCACUUCAGCGGGAAUUUUGGAGGCCCAGAGCCAGGGUCAUCGUGCCUGCAUGGUGCCAGGCUAAUGGGCUACAAUAACAAUGCCAUGGGACCACAGCAGGCCUUUGGAGAGGGAUUUGAUCCUCUCGCUGAGGGACAGGCGGGGGAUGGCUUCCCACAGCAGCAACAGCGGCCUGGUAACAUGCCUGACUUCCAACAUCACGGUCCGCCCAGCGGCAACCAUGCUGUUCCUGCUCCCUGCCUUCCCCUAGACCAGUCACCUAACAGGGCAGCUUCUUUUCACGGCCUGCCUUCGUCAUCGUCGUCCUCCUCCGAUUCUCAUAGCCUGGAGAAUAGACGGAUGCCCAACCAGGGAGCUGUGGAGGGAAUAGAUUAUAACUUCCCCAGUGAGCCGCCAUCUGGACAUUUCGAUGUACCUGUAUUUUCACCCACUGAGUCAGAAUCUCAGUUACCCCAUUUUGGCCCUGGAAGGCCGGUUCCCAGCGGGACUUUUCAAGGAAACCCUGGCAUGCCUCGGACAACUGGCAUGCAGGGCAUAUCCAAGGGACACCAACCCCCACAGCCCCAACAGCAUCAACAUGGAAUGUUUUUUGAGCGAUUUGGAAAUGGCCGGAAAGUGCCCGUGGGAAUGGACCCGGGUGUCAAUGCGAGACAUCCUCUCAUGCAACAGCAACAACAGGCCGGCUUGAUAGCUAGACAGAACUCCUGCCCCCCUGGCCUCCCCCGACCCCCUCAGGCUGAGUCUGGCUCCAGUAACCCGAACAUUUUGGAUGGAGGGGUCAUGAUGAGUGGCCAACACAAUCAGUUUGAAUAUCCCAUUCACAGACUGGAAAAUAGGGGUCUGCAUCCCUAUGGGGACCCCAUGUUUAAUAUGCAACAGCCAGCUCCCCUUCCCUCCCAACAGCCUCCAAAUCAGAGACUACAACACUUUGACGCUCCGUAUGUAAACAUGGCAAAAAGGCCUAGAUUUGACUUUCCCAACGCACAUGGAGGUGAAGGCUGGUGUGGUGGCAUGGAAAAUCACCUCUCUCCUUCUUCCUACCCGGGACUGCCAGGUGAGUUCACUCCACCUGUGAAUGAAGCUUUCCCACCGGGUCCACUGCAGCACACGGGCCCUGAGCAGCAGUCGUUACAGCAGCGACAGAAUGCAGCCAUGAUGAUAAAACAGAUGGCUUCUCGCAACCAGCAGCAGAGAAUGAGGCAGCCCAGUCUGCAGCAGCUCGGUCACCACGGUGAUGUGCCUCCAGGCCCACUGGGUCAUGGAGGCCCAGUGGGAGGCAUGCCUCAGCCCAACUUUGACAGGGAAAAUGGGAGUAGAAUGGUCAAUGUUGAUGGACAAAAUCCACAUGUAAACCAGGAUAAUUCCUGGUUUCAGGGCUCCCACCCUCCUGGGGAGAUGAUGUCACGGCGCAUGGGAGGAUCAGGCAAUGACUCAGGGCCCCAUGACCUGGGUCUCCAGCAGAAUGGUCCUGGAAUGAUGUUCAGGCCAGGUAUGGGCAUGCAGGAAGCCAUGAGAAUACCUGGAGACGGACAUGUACAGGCUCUCCAUUCUCCAGGUUUGCACUCACAGUUCAGCAGUAACAUGAGUAACCUCUCACAAAUGCAGUCUCCAGGAGCGGGAGGAGGUACAGGACAUCCAAAUGCACCGCCAGAGAGGCGACCCCCUGAAUUCCCCGCACCUCCAAUGGGAGCACAACCACCAUUUCCCUAUGGAGGGCCAAACCGUCAAGGGCCACCUCACAAUGUACCCCAGGGGGUGAACACCUCACCAGGGAGCUACCCUCCUCCAUCUGAGUUCCCUUCAGGCCAGCGGUCGUCUGUUAGCAAGCUUGGUGCUCUGUCUCUCGGGAAUUUUAACAAAACCAGUGCUAAAGACAGUGUUUUUGGCCAGAGCUGCCUGGCGGCCCUUUCUACGGCGUGCCAGAACAUGAUCGCAAGCCUAGGGGCUCCCAACCUCAACGUAACAUUCAACAAGAAAAACCAAAAUGAGGGCAAGCGAAAACUGAGUCAGACAGAGCAGGACAUUAAUAGCAGCACAUCUAACGGGACUGGCAGUGCGGGGCCUGAAUAUUUUCAGGGCAGCACUUCUCAGAACAACCAGCUGCCUGGCACUGGGAAUAGCAACUCUAAGCCUGCAAGUCAAAACCAGACGGUGCAGGGGGAAGCCAGUGCCCUCUCCCCAAAUUACAACAUGGACGCUACCCCGUGCAGUGAGGGGAAGGCAACAACAGGGAGUGGGAGAGGGAGAGGGAGGAGAAAAAGAGACAGUGGACAUGUGAGCCCUGGAAUUUUUUUUUCCUCUGAAAAUGGAAACCCUGUUGUUAGUCCAGGCCAGCAAACCCCGUCGGCUGGUGUUGGGGAGAGGGGUGGGGGCACGCCCCAUGAGAAGCACCUGCAAUCACCUUCUUGGGGGAAAGGAGGCGACCUGAUGUUGGGGGACCAGGCUGACCUGAUGUCUUCUUUGGACAGUGGCAUUCAAAGUGUCGCCAAGUCUGACAGCAGCUCGCCCCGUGUGGACUUUCCUGAUGAUGUCAGCGCCCACUUUGGCAAUGAGGAUGAGGUGUCCUCCAGCUCUGAUGCAGGAGGUUCCUCAGCCAAUAAGUCCAAUCGUAGCCCGAUGAUCAAUGGAUCACCCAAAAUGCCAAUAAAUGGGCAGAAGCCCCUAAGCAUAGGCAUUAACAAUCAUACUACCUCGACACCAGACAGCUAUGGACUGAGUUCUGGUGCAACAACGGGCAGCAGCGGGGUGAGCCAUCCAGGUACACCAGGUAUGGAGCAGGUACGCACCCCAUCCAGCACGUCUGGUCAGGACGAAAUCCACCCUUUGGAGAUUCUACAGGCCCAGAUCCAGUUGCAAAGGCAGCAGUUCAGCAUCUCUGAAGACCAGCCUCUGGCCAUGAAAAAUGGCAAAAAGAAUGGCGAUUGUCCCUCUCAGAACAGUGAGAACGAGCUGGCAAGCUGCAGCCCUGAUACUGGGAAGGGUUCAAUGGGCACGAUUGACCUUGACACACUUAUGGCUGAGCAGCACGCCACCUGGUACGUGCCCAGUGACAAGGCCAUGAUGGAUGGCUCCGAGGAUGACAAGUCCAUGGGACUCUGGGAAAAAAACAAGAGCCAAACAAACAACAAAGAAGAAUCUGAGCUGUCCCAGAGUAAGGCUGGAGUCGCGGCCCCUGGGGCCAGCGGAGGAGGCAGCGGCAGUGGAGGAGGAGGAGGAGGAGGAGGGAACCACCUUCAGUGCCUGUCCGUCCACUGCACAGAUGAGCUGGGGGACAGUAAAGGCAGAGGAGGGCCCGUCUCAUCUUGGCGCUCUCUCCACUCUGAUAUAUCCAACCGGUUUGGGACAUUUGUGGCAGCACUGACUUGA